ACCAAUGAAGAACUUGAUAUCGUCUGGUGUAUAUCAAAUUAUCGAUUUCAGAUAUAUCGAUGAAUUUGCAGUACUUCUUUUGUUUUUGGCUUGUUAUUUCAUCGAUAAGCUGUAUUUUUGUUAUUCUAAAACAUGAACAAAUUGUUGCAGCCGGUUUGUGAAACCAACCCAUUAGUUUUCUUUGAUAUUACAAUAGGAAAUGAGUUUGCUGGACGGAUGGUUAUUGAGCUCCGGAAAGAUGUAGUGCCUAAGUCAGCAGAGAAUAUCCGUGCGCUCUGCACAGGAGAAAAAGGCAACGGUAAAUUAGGCAAGCAGCUGCAUUACAAAGGAAUACGCUUCCAUAAAGUCACUCGAGUGUAUGUGGCGCAAAGUGGAGAUGUAGUCAACAAGGACGGCACCAGCGGAGAGAGCAUCUAUGGGCCAAUUUUCGAGGAUGAAAACUUCACACUAUUACAUGAAGAAGGUGCUAUUAGUAUGGCUAAUUAUGGUGAGCCAAACACAAACAACUCGCAGUUCUUCAUUGUCGCAGUGUCAUGUAAUAACCUUGAUGGUACAAAUGUGGUUGUCGGUAAAGUGUUGCGUGGUUUGGCUAUCAUCUCUGAUAUGGAGCUAGUUUCAAAUGAAGAUGGUGUACCGGAAGAGGAUAUAAUAAUUACAGACUGUGGAGAAAUACAUGCCGGAGAAGAUUGGGGUUUUCUGGAUAAUGAUGAGACUGAUGAUAAACUACCGCCUUACCCCCGAGAUUGGGAUAAAAAAUUUACUCCAUAUACAGGCGACGAAAUGAUAGCCUUGCUAACUGGUAUACGUAGUGCAGGUAAUCAUUUUUUCACUCAACAACGGUAUUAUGAAGCGCGUCGAAAGUAUCGAAAAGCAAAUCGCUAUUACAAUAUACUGCGUACACGCUUUGAGAAAGAGGAGUUCGAGUAUCUUAUCGGCACUAUUGAGGAUCUAAAGAAAAUAGAUGCUUUUUCAGUUAUUAAUCAAAUUAAUUUAGCAGCUGUUGAGCUAAAGUUGGAAAAAUACGAUAACGCAAAAACGGCAUGCAACGAGGCUUUAAGUUUUGAUGAAGGGUGUUGCAAGGCUUAUUAUCGCCGUGGUCAAGCAAGCAUAGCUCUAAAAGAUUAUGAAAAUGCCAUUGCUGAUUUAAAUCGAGCGAAUGAAAUAAUGCCAGGGAAUAAAAGUGUGCUGAGCGAAUUAAGCCGAGCUAAAAAAUUACUUGCAAACUACAACCGCACACAAAAGGAAGCGAUGAAAAAUCUCUUUAAAUAACCGAUAGGACCUCAACAACAAAUUCGGUUAGAAUGAUAUUUAAUAAUUAAUAAGUUUAAUAUAAUCCUUAAUUGUUUACAUAUACAAAAUAUUUUUAAUAUGAAUUUGUACAAAUUUGCUGUUAAAAAAUAA